GAUUCCUCCAGUUUCCCGGCAGACAACGGGAGGGGAGGAAGGGAGUUCUGCGAGGCUCCGCUUUGAUUGGAAACAGUUGCAGUCAAAGCUACGUGAAGGGCAGGUUCAGAAGGAACAUCUUUGGAAAUGGGUGUUCAAGACCGGCCCCAGUGCUACUUUGACGUUGAAAUCAAUCGAGAGCCAGUUGGACGCAUUGUCUUCCAGCUUUUUUCGGAUGUCUGUCCCAAGACAUGUACAAAUUUUCUUGGCUUGUGCACAGGUGAAAAAGGAAGAGGAAAAACAACAGGAAAGAAGCUAUGUUACAAAGGCUCCACCUUCCAUCGCAUUGUUAAAAACUUCAUGAUCCAGGGUGGGGAUUUCAUUGAAGGUAAUGGAAGAGGAGGUGAAUCAAUAUAUGGUGGCUAUUUUGAAGAUGAAAACUUUGUUCUCAAACAUGACAGAGCAUUCCUUUUAUCAAUGGCAAACCGAGGCAAAGACACGAACGGGUCACAGUUUUUCAUAACUACAAAAACAGCACCUCAUCUGGAUGGAGUUCACGUUGUCUUUGGGCUGGUUAUCUCAGGCUUUGAGGUGAUAAAGCACAUUGAGAAUCUGAAAACGGACGCUGCCAGCAGACCCUACGCAGAUGUCCGUGUGAUUGAUUGCGGACAGUUAACAAAGCCGGCCAACGAUGUGCUGGAGCGCAGAAAGAAGAUCUCUCCGCAUUCAUGGGAUUCUUCAUCGUCUUCGUCCACCUCGGAGUCCCAGAGCGACACAGAGGAGAAGCAGCCGCCGCCGCGCAAGCGCAAACGCAGAACCAGAUACAAGCAUCUAAACAAGAGAAGGAAGGAGGGGAAGAGAAGAGGAAGCAGCAGCAAGAAGCCCCCAGCAAGCCAAACAAGCUUGUGUGAACAGGAAAAUGCUGAUGAUGACAAGGGGAAGGAUUUGAAUGUGAAGAGAGAGAAGCCUGUGGUGCGGCCUGAAGAAAUCCCCCCCGUGCCAGAGAACAGGUUCUUACUGCGGAGGGACAUGCAGAUACACAAGACCGAGCCGGCACAUCUGGCUGUAUCGGCAGUUCUAAGUGAUCAGAAGCCAGCCAUCACAAAAUCUGGACGCAAAAUCAAAGGCAGAGGUACAAUGAGAUAUCACACUCCUCCUCGGUCACGGUCUCGCUCACAGUCUCAAGAUGAUGAUGGUGAUGAAGAUGAGAAGAGCAGCGAGACCCCGCCUCACUGGAAAGAGGAAAUGCAGAGAACAAAAAUCUACCAGCCUCCCAGUGGAGAGAAGUGGAGUAAAGGGGACAAGCUGAAUGACCAUUACUCAAGCAGAUGGGAAGGCAAAAAUGCUUCCCCAUGGUCAAGGUCCCGGUCACAUGACUACUGCUCUGAUCACAGCACCGAGAGAGCCAGUCAAAACAGAAGACACAAAAAGGAAAAGAGAGCAAAACACAGAAAGAAGUCUAAAAAGCAAAAGCAUUCAAAAAAGCUGGAAAUUCCUAAAACCAAACCAAAAACAGAUUCAACACCUCACAAGACAGAGUCAUCCCGUUCUUCAAGCAGGAAAUCAAAGCUUUCUAUUAAGCGUGAAAGAAGAUCUAGAUCUUGCACAAUAUCCUCAAGACGUUCCUCCAGACGAGACUGGUCAGGGUCUGACAAGAUCCGUCGUUCCUCACCAUUAUCCAGAAACUCUUCCUCCUAUUCUAGAUCAAAAAGCAGAUCAAGAUCAUAUUCUAGAAGCAGAAGCAGAAGUAGAUCAAGAACGAGGUCUAGAUCCUUGUCAAGGUCUAGAAGCAGAUCCAUAUCAAGAUCACGUAAGAGGACAUCAUCGAGAUCGCCUAGAAACACACGCUCAAAUGAGAACAAUAAAAGCCAGGUUGAUCCCCCUAGACAAAACACACAAACAAAUGAGAAUGUUUUACCAAAUGCUAUCUCUGAGAGUGUUCCUGCGUUACCCAUGAGUGAUAGCCCCCCGCCUUCAAGGUGGAAACCAGGUCAAAAGCCUUGGAAACCUUCCUAUGUAAAUGUUCAGGAAAUCAAAGCCAAAACUCCAGCUCUACUUGCACAAUCGAGUUACACAGUAAAGAACAGCAAGGAGAAUUCACGAUCUUCAUCAUACCACGACCGGCACAGACACUCGGACAGCGAGAGAAGUGUUUACUCAAGCGAUAGGAGCUAUAACUAUAAGAGGAGGUCCAGGACCAGGUCUUCAAGAAGUAGAUCAUACAGGAGAUCGUACAGUAGAUCAAGAAGUAGAGGUCGUUAUAGCUCAAGGUCACACACUCCAGUAAAGUAUCAUAGUCGUUCUUCAUCCUACAGCAGAUCCAACUCCUACGAUUCCUAUAAUUAUAAAACAAGGGCAAAAUCUAAUUCCAGAGAGCGAGGUGUCAAACAUAACAAUGCAAUUCAAGAAAGUAGCCCUGAAGCUACAUUUGGUGACAGGUAUUUGGAUAACAGAAAAGAGCUAAAAGGAGAAAAGGAAAAUCACAGAUUGUACUCCUCUGAGUAUUCUACCGACAGUGAAAAAAGCAAUGUGAAAAAAAAUAAAAAGCAUGAUGCGGUCUCAAAGAAGCAAAACAAUAAAUCGCAUUCACAGUCGGAAGCCGACAGCAUUAAAACAUCUGAGCCAAAACAGAAGAAACAUAACACGGGUUCUUUUAGGGAGGAUCAGAAAUCAAAGUCCGGGUGGGACAGUGAUAGUGAUAAUUCAAAAAAAGAGCCAGGUGUUGAAGACGGAUCAUCUGAAUUCCAGCAGCUCGAAUCCGGCAGGACCAAUGAAAAGACCAGCCCAGGUGUUGAAGACAGAUCAUCUGAAUUCCAGCAGCUCGACUCUGGCAGGACCGAUGAAAAGACCAGCAGCAGGAAGGCGUUUCUCAGCAGCAAAUGGGAUUCGGAAGAUCACUCAGAAACUGAAGAGAAAAAGAUCAACAGAGGAGGUUCGGCAUAUUCAAGCAAAGAAGAAGGUGAAGCUAGCUCGGAAUCUGAUAGUGAAGGCGGUAACUCUAAAAGCAGCAAAAUGAGCACGAGAUUGGCUUGUCUGUCACCUGCAAAUUCAGAAACUGAUCUGAAAAAGACCUCAAAGAAACAGACUUCAAUUGCUGCUGAAAGUUCAGUUUUGAGUUCAGGAAGUGAGAAGGUAAUGCCCAAGAAGAAAGCAAAACGCAAACGCAAGCACAAGAAACGAAGCUCGACAAAGGCAGGGUCCAGAAGAGGAAAGACCAAAUCUAAGGGUAAGAAAUCCAAAAAAAAAAAACAGAAACCCAAGGAGACAUUCCACUGGCAGCCUCCUCUGGAGUUUGGGGAAGAGGAGGAGGAGGAAAGACCAGAAGAGAAUGUGACUGUAAAACAGGUCGUGAAGGAAGGUCUGUUAAAAGUUAUUGGGGAGACUGCAGUUAAACACAAAGAAAGUAAAAGCAAUGCUGUGGAAACUCACAAGACACCCAAAGAAAACAUCCAAUCAGGUGCAGCUUCUCAGAGGGCUCAAGAACAGUCAACCAAAAAUGAACAAGAAUCAAAGCAAUCGCCAAUGAAUGUCAGGAGUCCAAGACGAGGUGAAAGUACAGAAGCAGAAUCCAGCGAAGUUGAUGGUAAAGAACUUGCUGAAGAGUUCCCAGAGAAAACAGAGCAAUCUGAUGAUAGUAUGGAGAUCUGUACCCCAGAGCAGAACUCUCCUGAAAGGGACUAUGCAAAAACUACACUGCAGCAGGGCUCCCCAUUAAAAGAGCAUGUCCUUCCUACAAACAGAGACACAGAGAAUGCUUUAAACACAACUAUAGUAGAAGCAUUAAAGAUGGAGCCACAUCCGAUGAAUAGCAGAGCCUCUUCUAACGUGUUGGUAAGCAACGAUUCAGGGGAUGAAAAUGAUAAAGCACAAAAUGAAUUGCAGUGUUUAACUAUUGACCCAAAGUGGAAGCCUCUGAAAGAUCUUUCUAAUCAGCAGCCAGUCAGCUCCAUGAAUGCUGAAGAAGUUAAAAGCACAGACGCCUCAGAUUGUGCAGAGACCAAGCCCCAGGGCCUCCGAAUAGAGAUUAAAAGCAAGAGUCGGGUCCGACCUGGAUCUCUUUUUGAUGAAGUUCGAAAGACAGCCAGGCUGAAUCAAAGACAGAGGAACCAAGAGAGCUCAAGUGAGGAGAGAUCUCCUUCCAUAGAGGAUAAAAGCAAGUCCCGGAGCCGAACCAGAUCACCAAGUAAAUCUGGAUCGAGCCAGCAAACACGCUCAAGAACAAGAUCGCUGUCCUCCAGCCGCUCGCGCACUCGAUCAAGGAGUUCCACUUAUUCCUAUAGGUCUAGAAGCUACACUAGAAGUCGCAGCAGGAGAAGGUACAGUCGGGGUCGAUCAAGGACUCGGAGCAGCACUGACCGGAGUUACAGAAGAGACAGCCACAGCAGUAGGACCUACAGUAGAAGUCGGUCCAGGAGCAGGUCUUCUAAUCGGCGCAGAAGAUCCAGGUCUGUCACAUAUGACAGCUACUACAGCAGAAGUAGGAGUCGAAGCAGCAGGAGACGGAGAAGUGACAGCUACCGAAGGUCCCGGAGCUACGAUCGCAGUUCCAGGUCGUAUCGUUCUUAUAGUAGAAGUGACCGCAGUUACUCCCGGCGGCGAAGUCACAGCUGAUGGAAGAGAAGCCCGGCUAUUUUAUUGAGUACAAGGAAAGAAAUAUGUUUGUGGAUCUGCUUGUAUAGAUAGCAGAAAUGUGCGGAAUGGUAGAGAAUCAAUACACUUUAAUAAGAUAUCUAUUAUACAGUAAAAAACAGGGUAAACCAUAUAACCUGUUCACCAGUAAUAAACAGAUGUGUGUAAAUAAUUUGGUACAGCAUUGUUUUCAUUCAUUUCUUGGUUUGCGCAUUUUACACUGAAAGAAUGAAUGUAUUUACCGUAUUUACAGUAUGUUCAGCAUUUACAGUAUGUUUAACAUGUUUGAUCAUCUGUCAGUUUAAUCCUCUGUCAGAUUUACCAACAGCAAAUAUUCCAUAUUUCAGAUUUUGGUGGGGGCAGUGUUGUGUUUUUUUUUUAGCGCCUUGCACAGAAAGUUCUCGAAGAUGCCUUUCAGCUGUCAGAGCAGUAGGGAAUGCGUCAUGAAUGCAUGUUUUUUGGUUUGUUUGGAUUUUUUUCUUCUUAAAAGUCGCUGGUUCUGUAUUGCCCUGGAUCUGGUUGACUAAUAAUUCAAAACAGUUGUAUAAUCUAUGAAGGACCCAACAACUUCUCAAAGUGCUUGUAUUGUGUGUGUGUAUAUAUAUAUCAUGCAGAAGUGAGGCUUAAUAAAGUUUUCACAUUA